UGUGUCAAGUGGGUGUGGAUUUCGAAUGGGUGUUAUAUGGGCAAAGAUUGUAACUGGUGAAGAGACAUAAUGUGCUAUAUGGAAAUGAACCUGACCAGGCGUAUUUAGAUCUGCGUGUUGUGACUGAGGUAGAAGUCAGGAACAAGGCCUAGUGGGAAAGCCUUCAGAAGAGGGCUGGGAACCACCAGUGGAGAGUUGGGGUACGGUGGGAUCCUGUUGCAUUGGCAGGCACUUUCUGAUGCCAUGUGCAGAAGGGUAUGUGAGGAGGCAGGAGACAUGCCAAUUUUGUGGGCCGGGUGGUGGUGAUGGGGAUCAGAUGUAUGAGCAGGUCCAGUAAGUAAUAUGCAUGUGGGGAAGGUGUAUGAAGUAAUUGCCCCAGGCCCUAGUACUAGGAGUAUAAGAGAGAAGGAUGGGGCUAAGUUUGCUUGUGUCUGGGAGACAUGAUAGUGGGUACACUCAGGCUGUUGUCUUGGAGGAAAGGGAAAGGGUCCUGCAUAGCAGGCUCACAGAUUAGAGGGUAUCUAUCUGUCCACCUGCCUGUUGUUGCUCAGGGUUGUACAUACUGAUCAAGGAAGCAUGAAGAGUCAUUGGGCCCCACUGCCCUCUAUGUCACGGAGCUGGGGUGGAUGAUGAACCCAGAGUGAGUACGGGCUGGGGUUAGAAGUACUUAUGGGGUCCUGGGGAGAGAGGCUGCUUAUGUACAAAUCUGUCCCAUCAUCACAGGGCCCUGUGACCUUUGAGGACGUGGCUGUGUACUUUUCCCAGGAGGAAUGGAAGCUUCUUGAUGAGGCCCAGAGAAUCCUGUACCGCGAUGUGUUGCUGGAGACCUUUGCACUUGUUGCAUCAUUGGGUUGUUGGCAUGGAGCAGAGCACAAGGAGAUAACUUCUGAGCAUAAUGUUUCUGUAGAAGUGCCACGAAUAAAUACUUCAAAGACAGACCUGUCCAUCUGGAAGUCCUAUCCCUGGGAGAGGUGCUGCCUGGCCUUAGACAGUUGUUUGUGUGUAGCUGAAGACCUGGGAACAAUUCCUGGCCAGAAACCGUGUGUGUCAGGUGUGAAAUUUCACCAGCACAGUGGAGGGAAACUCUUUAAAAGAGACAUGGGUAAGGCCUUUAUGAGGAGCCACAUAGUCCAUGCAUCCAAGAACUCUUUCACAUGCCAGGAGGCUGGGAAGGAUUUCCCUGGUAGCUCUAGCCUUCUCCAGCACCAGGUCACUCCACAAAAGGACGCCAAGUGUGCAGAGGCCUUUCACAAUGGACAUAGCCUCUAUAAAUACUAUGUAUGUGAGAAAGCCUUCAGCUGCAAACACAAACUGGCUCAUCACCCGAGUGUCCACACUGGAAAGAGGCCUUACGAAUGCAGUGAAUGUGGGAAAACCUUCAGCUUUAAAGGGAUACUUCUUAAGCACCAGAGAAUCCACACUGGAGAAAGGCCUUAUGAGUGCUGUGAGUGUGGGAAAGCCUUCAGCUGGAAAAGCUCGCUCAUUCAGCACCAGAGAGUCCACACCAGAGAAUGGCCUUAUAAGUGUAGCGAAUGUGGGAAAGCCUACAAACACAAAAAUUCACUUGUUAAGCACCAGAGAGUCCACACUGGAGAAUGGCCUUAUAAGUGCAGUGAAUGUGGGAAAGCCUUCAGACACAAAAAGUCACUUGUUCACCAGAGAGUCCACACUGGAGAAUGGCCUUAUAAGUGCAGUGAAUGUGGGAAAGCUUUCAGACACAAAAAGUCACUUGUUCAGCACCAGAGACUCCAUGUUGGAGAACUGCUUUAUAAGUGCUGUGAAUGUGGGAAAGCCUUUAUUUCUAAAGUAAACCUUUUUCGGCACCAGAGAGUCCACACUGGAGAAAGACCUUAUGAAUGCAGUGAAUGUGGGAAAACCUUCAUUUAUAAAGACAGUCUCGUUCGGCACUGGAGAGUCCACACUGGAGAAAGGCCUUAUGAAUGCAGUGAAUGUGGAAAAGCCUUUAGUCGCAAAGACUCACUUGUUAAGCAUCAGAGAGUCCACAAUGGAAAAUAGCCUUAUAAGUGUAGUGAAUGUGGGAAA